AGGAAUUAUCCAAGAUGAGUGCUGAAGAAGAGUCCAAGGCUCUCAAGAAGUCGUAUUCCUUCGACAAUGUCAAGUUCUCGGCCGUCGAUCUUCACGAGGUCGAUAUGAAGGACAUUGGUGCCAUUCAGAAGGCAAUGACGGCUCUUGCUUCUGAGAUGCCUGCUGAAAUGGCUCGUUUCACUGCUGAUGACAUGGCAAAGACGGUCAAGGCAGCGGGACCGAGAUCAAUGACCCAAUCUGGAGCUCUUGAGAAGAUUAAGACCAUGAUCGAAGACAACAAGACCAAGGAGAAUGCCUUCAUCGUGAUCUCUUCUCUUGCUUCGGAGGCGGGUACUGUUGUUGAGCCCUUCAUGGUAUCGUUUCUUCCAGCUUGCUUAGAGGGAACUUCGCACAAAAAGAACGAAGUCAGGGCAGCGGCCGAAGAUGCAGCUAGCGACAUUGUAGACAUGGUUUGCAGCUGGGGAGUCAAGGCAAUGCUUCAAAUGUUGAUGGUAGGUGCCAAGGAGACCAAGUGGCAGACAAAAAUGAUCUCCCUGAGGCUUAUUGGCAAAUUGGCUGAGAAGCACCCUUACUCGUUUUCUCGUUGCUUGCAUGAGGCUAUCGCAGUGAUCAGUGAAGGUAUGUGGGAUACAAAGAAGGACGUGAAAGAAGCAGCUGCUUCUGCUAUGCAAGCAGCUUGCGACAGCGUCUCGAACCGUGACAUUAAGCCUUUCGUUCCAGCUUUGAUCAAUGCCAUCCAGAACCCGGAAGAGGUUCCCGAGACUGUUCACAAAUUGUCUGCCACUGUUUUUGUGCAAUCAGUCGAUUCGCCAGCACUUUCCAUCACGGUUCCUAUUCUCUUGAGAGGCAGCACUGAAAAGAAGACAGAAAUUAAGCGGAAAG